CUCUAUUGCUUGAAAACUGGGAAGGACCCUAGAUAAUAGUACAAUAACCUUUUGGACCAAGCCCAUUUGUGUGUAAAUUCUCCUAUAAAAUGUGAUAUACACUUAGCUGACCGUGACAUAGCAUGUUGCGGUAACAGUCAGGGUAAUGCAAAAUUGUGUUAUCUUUUUCACCGAUAACGCUGAUAAUUUGUCACAUGCGUAUAAUAAAAACUUGGUGUUUAAUCAUUUCGUAAUAAAUUUGAUAAUAUCAUAUAUAUAGUACUUUGUUUUCGAAAGCCUUUAUAUAUAUAAAUAUAUAUAUCACAUUUUCUAAUUUCUGUAGAAGUGUGGAUUGUUACAGCUGAUCACAAUUUAUUAAGAUUUGCUAUGACACACGGCGCGGGAGGUAUUUCUCACGGUGGAGGCGGGGGCUUCAGUGGCGGAGGCGGGUUCUCUUCCGGGAUGUACUUCACGUCACACUAUCACGGCCGCCGCCGACGAAGUGACAACAGCGGGGAUGACGCUGCUUGCUGCUGUACAAUUUGUUAUCUUGUGCUCUUCUUGCUAUGCCUUAUGGAUAUGAAGCCGAGAACCAGGAUAAUACUGACAUGGCUGUAUUGUAUUCUUGGUGCCGGUCUUACGGGAGGUCUGAUUGGUCGACAUCAUUCUUCCCUUGACCUAUCAGCAUCCCCGACAGAUAUGAGAAAAGUCGACAAAGUAUCGCCAACUUUCUGCCAGUCUGUACUGAUUGAUUCUUCCUCUCUGAUAACGACUUACAGGUUUAAAUCGGAGCCGAAAAUCAACCAAACGUCUUCGAUGAAAUACGAAACGAGCGUCACGACAACUUUGAAGAGCGAGAAAUACGAAUACUGGGGAUUUUAUUUACUGGAAGGCUCUGUAGCCGCUGCAACAGUUUGUCCGGAUAAUGGAAUGAGCCUUUAUAUUUUUAAAGGAAAGGAAAAUCUUGACGCUUGGAUCGAAAACUCAUUAUGUAGCGAUUGUUAUGAAAGAAAUUAUUACCUUUUAUAUUGUUCUGGUCCGCAAUAUGCACGGAAAUUCACAAUCAGCGCCUCGCAUUCAGAUCAGUAUUAUUUCCUGUUCGCCAACGAAGGAUACAGCAUAAUUGGACCAGGGCCUACCACAGCAAAUAUUCGUUUCGAAAUAGACAGAAAAGUGUAUGAUUUCGACGAUUCUUCAAUAGUUUGUUUAGAUGAUUUUGACUGUGAUGUUCCAAUUCCUUUGCAAGGCCCUGCAAGUGUUGUAUUUUAUGUUCCACGUGACCGUUCACUUGACACGUCAAUCACAAUUUACUGCCGCCCGCGUGUUUAUAUUUAUGUACUUCUUUUUGCAAUUCUGCCAUUGACUUGUGGAAUCAUUGUGACAUUACUCAUACUUCGAUUAUCUAGAAAAAGUAUUCAGGAACGCACGAGGUCUGAAAGUCAAAUUUUCGCUGUUUCUAAUGGCGACCAACUCCACGGUUAUGCAAAUGAAAGUUGCCAAAUAAAUGUAAGCCCACCCAGUUACACUGAUGCACCACCCAGUUACGAGGAUGCUGUUGCAAAUGGGUUGAAAUAAUCGACCAUAGGCCAAAUGGACGCCACUUUGAAUUUUGUCGGAUAUAAAUCUUCUGAAAAUAAAACCGGCAAUGUAUCGCUUUUUGAAGUUUUUGGACAUCAAUUAAUUGUCGAUUAUAAACAUUCAAAAUUGGUAAGCUUGAUGUUAUUAAGGUAAAUUAAGCUAAUAUAUGUUCUAAAAAAGUUAAGCGGUCUUCAUGACGUGUUUACAGUAACGAACAGGAGAUUAAUUGAAUUGGAAGAUGACUCUACGCAUGCAGAUAUGUAGUGCUUCAUGUUGGUUCCUCUCUCUUAAGGGUAUAAAGAACAAGUAAAUUGCUUCAUUUCGUGUAAAACAAUACAAGAAAAGUUAUUGUGUUUAUGUUAUAUUUAUUAAGGUUGUUACUAGUUUGCUUGGUGAACAAACUUUUACGAUAAAACUGUGGUACAUUUGAUUUUAUCAAGAUCUGGCCUAGAUAUUUGGACUUAUAUGUACAUACGAUAUCUGACGAUGGAAAGAAACGAUGUUUAUAUCCCGUCCGCCCAUUUAUGAAUCAGAACCUGCCAUGACGUAUACUUUAUCUAAAUAAAAGGCUAACGUAUG